AGGCCAAGAAAGUCUAAAUGAGGAGAGUAUGCCGCAGGAGAUUUAUAAAGACCUUCAGAACUCAAACAACUUACCGGGGUUCGAAAGUGAAAGUAAGGGCGUUGGUAAUCACGUGACGAAUAUGCCCGAUGCUGAAAUUUUGCAGAAAAUCCUGUAUUUGCUGGAAGAAGAACGCAUGCCAAGUGAAAACGAUCAACGCACAGGAACAGCUGCGGGAAAUGUCGCUACCAGGCAGCUUCAUGUGCCAAGCAUAUUGAAACGGUUCUCAAUGCCUUCGGUGAUAAAAAAGGGCAUGAUGGGCCCUUCCAUUAUUAAGCGAAUAGGUCCAGGACCUUCGUUCGGUGGGCAGCAAGAACAAAAAGUAGUGGAACCAACCACAAGAAACCACCGCAUGAUGCUCGGACCUGGAAUACUGAAGAGAUUCGGAAUGAUUCCGUCCAUCAUUAAAAAGAGGCGCUUCAUGGGCCCGUCCAUCAUAAAACGGGACGGAGCACAGGAACCGACCGACAACUCCUACAACUACUAAUGUUCACGUUCGUUUAAGUUUCAUAUUUCAAGUAGUUGGUGUCAUAAUUGGCGUAAUUGGUUUGUGGAUUUCUCAUCGUUGUCGGUUUUAAUAUAGAACCUGGUUUUGCCGA